AUUUAAAAAUUAAUUCAUACUUCAUAGUUCAUAGCUUUAAUUAUUGAUUUUGAUUUGGUGUAUCAUGUCUAUUAAUUUUUACACAAAUAACGUUUGUUUAUUAGGCAUUAAAAAUAUAUUCAAGUUUCAAUUACAUUCAAAAUGUAUUCAUAGGUCUGUUGUUGCUAGAAAAAUCACACCUCAAGAAGUGACAGCGAUUUUAAGCUCUAAAGAACAUAUUUAUGAAUUUGAACAGAAUUUGGGAUCUGUUAAAGCAUAUGAAACAAAUCAACUGGAAUCAAAUGCUCCAAUUGAAGAUGCUCGUGCUGAAGCAAAAUGUCUUUUAACAUCUGGUAUGUUGUUUGGAGUUUUUGAUGGACAUGGUGGCGCAAGUUGUUCACAUGUAAUUACCAAACGUUUGUUUGAUUACAUUUGUGUAAGUCUGUUACCCAAGCCAUUACUUUUAGAAUAUCUAGAAUCUGGCAAUCAGCUUGUUGAAAUGCGUAAUGAGACAUUUGAUUUAGUUGCUGAAUUAAAAAGCUUAUAUGCCCAAAGUUUAAAAUCAUAUGUACUUAAAUUAAUAAAUGAACGCCAAGAACAUCAGUUUAAAAUGAAAGAUGCAUUAGAAAAAGCAUUUUUGCAACUUGAUGAAGAUAUUAUGUCUGAAGCAAGAUUAAAUAUCAAUAGUGAAGUAGAUAAUUUAACAUUAAAUGUUGGAUUGUCUGGAUCUGUAGCAUGUGUUGCUCAUAUUGACGGCCCUCAUUUACAUGUUGCUUCAACUGGAGAUUGUUUGGCAGUAGUUGGAGUAUAUACUGACGAUGAUACAUGGAUAGCUAAGGUCAUGGUUGAAGAACAUAAUACUGAUAAUUUAAACGAACUACAUAGAGUGAUUUCUGAACAUCCUUCAAAUGAAAAAGAUACGGUUAUAAAAUAUGAAAGGCUUCUUGGUCAGCUAGCGCCAUUAAGAGCUUUUGGAGAUUUAAGAUAUAAAUGGUCAAGAGAAAUGUUAUUAGAACACAUUGUUCCUAAAUUGGGUGAAAAUGCAAUACCACCUUUUUACUACACACCUCCGUAUUUGACCGCUAAACCUCAAGUUGCUCAUCAUCAUCUUCAACCUAGAGAUAAAUUUCUGAUACUUGCUACAGAUGGUUUAUGGGAUUUUAUGUCUCCGUUACAAGUUGUUCGUUUGGUCGGAGAACACAUGAGUGGAAAAGUUACACUGACACCACUUAAGUUGCCAAGAAAAAAUAUGAAAUUAAGUGAAAUAAAUAAUUUACUUUUACAAAGACGAGACAGUUUAAAACGAAAACCAGUUGAUGCAAAUGCAUGUACACAUUUAAUACGUAAUGCAUUAGGGGGUUCAGAGUAUGGUGUUGAGCAUGCUAAAUUAUCUCAAUUACUAAAUUUACCUAAAAAUAUUUCUAGAUCAUUUAGAGAUGAUAUAACUAUAACCAUUGUUUAUUUUAAUACUGAAUACUUAAGACAUCCUCAAGCUUAAAAUAGUUAAUUUGUUUUCAAAUUUAAAAUGUAUGUCUAAUGAUAUAGUGUGAUA